UCUCAGCUUUGCUUUUUCGCCCUAUGACUGCUGUACAACACUGCCAAGGGCCUGGCUGUCGGUUCCCUCACACCUGAAUCGCCUAUUUGCCUUCCUGGUAUGCAUGCGUGUGGAACACGGAAAGGGAACGAGGGCACGGAAAUGGACAUAUGUGUGUGUUCGUGUGUGGGUCUAUGCGUCGUCGAUGUGCUGUUGUCGUGGUGUGGUGUGGCAGGUUGUUUUUCGCACUCUUCUGUCGCGCCGCUGUUCCGUUUGGGUGCGCUGUACAACACUAUGUGGUUCGCAAGCGUACACACUGACUGGAUGGCUAGCUUGUCAGUGACCAUUGUGUUGGUGGUGUUCUGUUGAUGUGGUGACUAUGGCAGGUUGUUUUCCGCACCCUCUGUCGUGUCGCUUUUCGUUCGGGUGCACUUUUGCUAUCACUCCCUGGUGCGCACCAAGACAGACAGAAAGACAGACACACCGACCACAUACACCACACUGUCUGUGUGGCUGCCUGGCUGUGCAUGCAAUGUCCUCAGACGUGUUGUUUGCUUUUGCCGGUCGUCUGCGAGUUUGGCAGCGGCAGUUCCCUGCCUUGUCAACGCUCACAGCGCCCAUUGGUUGAGCUCGCUGCAUGACCGGCACUGCAUAGAAGACCUUCACGUCUGACAUCUAUUCAUUCAAUCACUCUCGAG